CGUCGACGUGCCUGAACGUUCGCGUGCGUAUGACGUCGUCGUCCUCUCCUCCGCGAGCUCCUCUCCUCCUUUGGGGAAGCCGCUGGGCUGUAUAUGGUGAAGUACUCUCCCUCCAAACAAAAUAGAGGGCGGAAUAAGGAGCUCUCGGUACAAAACAAGUAGCCACCAAAGCAGGACACUGGAUACCGGACCCAGCCUGGACAAGAAAAAAAAUUAUCGGGAUUGGCCCCGUCCACGGCGCACUUUUGGCUGAGGAACCUGCAGAGCCUAUCUGAGCCUGCCAGCAACAGCAGGUUUAGUGGAGACAGAUCUGUAUUGUGCAAUGGCUCUGUUGACCCUGCACAGGAUCCCAUCCCUCUCCACCGCUCCAUUGCGUAACAGGAUGAAAGCCACCAGAGAAAAGGGAGACUUCAGAAAAGGGAGAGCUUUGCCCUCAUGAAGGGGGCGGUCCUUCUGCUGGAAGAGGGUGAGGGGCUGGGCCUUAGCGAUGAGACUUCUCACGAUGCGACUUCUCCCAUGAAGCAAGGCGGUGGAGCGUCAGACACACAGCACAGACACCUCCAUGCCAUGGUUGAACAGCUCAGACCUGAAGAUACCAUCAAGCUGGCGGUGCAGUUGGAGUCCGUCAGCCCCGUCAGAGUCAGGUAUCUGAUCGUCGUUUCCACUCUCGGCAGCAAACAGGAGAGUAUCCUGCUGGGCAUGGACUUCCCCAACUCAGACAGUGAUCAGUGCACCAUCGGCCUGGUCCUGCCGAUAUGGAGCGACACGCAGGUGUAUCUGGAUGGAGAUGGCGGUUUUAGCGUGACCUCAGCAGAGGAGACUAGAAUUUUUAAGCCUGUUUCCAUGCAGACUAUGUGGUCAGUGCUGCAGGUGUUGCACGGCUGCUGCGAGCGGGCGGUCAAGGCAGCGGUGAUCCCAGGCUGUGGGCUGGAGUGGGCCCAGCACUACCACAAGCACAUCGAGUCGGAACGCUUCUGCCUCAACGAGUGGGAGGUCAUGAACGACCUGGAGUCAGUCCGAAAGGACAUUAUUGGACAGAGUUCGGCAGACAGACUGUCCAAGGAGAGGCUGAUCAAAGAGCACUUGCGAGACAUUAUGAGGACUGAAGACCUGGACAACCUCACAUCUAAAAUGGUGCACUCUGCCCUGGAGACGAGGAUAGGCUUUGACAUGAGACCUUACAUGCAGUACAUUGACAAUGAGAUCCUGGUCACCAUGGCUCAGAUGGACAAGCCCUCUAAAAUAUUUGACUAUCUUUAUCUGGGCUCUGAGUGGAAUGCAGCUAACUUUGAGGAGCUGCAGAAAAACAACAUCGGCUACAUUCUGAAUGUGACGAGAGAGAUUGACAACUUUUUCCCAGAGUCCUGCACUUACAUGAAUAUCAGAGUGUACGAUGUCGAAGCCACCGACCUGCUCUCUCACUGGACAGACACAUACAACUUCAUCAACACUGCAAGGAAGAGUGGACAGGCGGUGCUGGUGCACUGUAAGAUGGGCGUUUCACGCUCGGCGUCCACGGUGAUCGCCUAUGCCAUGAAGCAGCAGCGCUGGCCGCUGGACGUGGCGUUGGCUUACGUCAGGGAACGUCGGUCCAUCGUUAAGCCCAACGAGGGCUUCAUGAAGCAGCUCCAGACCUACAAUGGCAUCCUCAACGCCAGCCAGCAGCGUCACAGCGCACUCUGGAGGCGAAAGUCGAGAGACCAAAGACAAAAGUCAGUACGCACGGGAGAGGGAGGGGAGGAUGGCAAGCCAGAUGAGGAAGGGGAAGAGGAAGAGGAAGAGGAUGAGGGACUUGAUUAUGACGAUGAUUUAGAAAGUCCAGAUGAAAAAGAUUCAGGUAGCCUGGAUGAAAAAGAUGCCUCAGACGAUGACACAGAGGUGUUUGGAGAACCCAUCCCCAUGUCUGACACCAACCGAGAACCUGGGCAGACAGGACCACCAGGUGUCGGUCCCAUAAUCACUGUAAAUGAACCAGAAAAGGUUGCCCCAAGUGUUGAUCGCAGUGGCAGGAUGAACCUCUUCUCCCUCAUGCAGUCCAUUAGUGAACUGAAAGACGAGGAUGUGGGACUUGAACAGCUUCCUGGCAGUCUGAGGCGAUCUCCAGGACAGCGGAGGCGAAGCCACGUGCGACGCGGUCUGAUUCACCAGAGAGCAUGUGUGGAUAUUUCGCCUGAACCACGCAGCCUGCCAGACGCCGGUCCAAGUAAACCUUCAAGUGAUUAAAGACAUGGAAGAGCAGGGAGGCAGAGGGUCCUGUGAAGGAGGCAGAGCGGAGGAAAAGCAUGGUGGGGGAGAAGUCUUGAAUAUGAGGCCUGAAGUAAAGCUCUGGUAACAUGGCAUGUUUUUUUAUACACAGCUACACUCUGGCUCAGCUACAGUAAAUAUUUUAGAUCAUUUGGAUGUUGAAAGUUUUAAUUUAUGUUUCAAAGGUUGUUUUCAUUGCAUUUCUCCGUUCAUAAUUGUUAUUGAUAGAAGGAUCUUGCUGCAGUAUUGCUAUACCAGGAAAAGCCACGAUGUCUAACUGAUACAUAUUUCUAUUAUUAUGGUUUAAACAGUGUUUUUAGAACAUAUCGUGCCACAUAAAGACGGACCCGUCUCUCCCUCCAUGUAGCGUCCUCUUUCUUGAGCGUUCGUCUUACCUCUUCCCAUCUUCGGCCCUUGUAUUACCAGUCCAGAGAUUAGAUCUAUGCAAUUACUGCUCUUUUACUGUUCUCUGUAAAUAUAAGACUGUAUGCUGCCAAUCCAAGGUAGACGGUUUUAAAUGUUUUUCAUAUUCUCUCUCUCAUCAGAAGUCUUUUUCACAGUUGUACAUCAGUCACAGAUGAGAUGAAUUUAUUGUGUCUAAGCUGUGCAUUAAGGACCAAGUUAGGGCCAGUUUUAUGGCACAAGCCUGUUUGCCAAACUAUGUAUUCCAAUGUGCCAAUGAAUAUAUAUUUAAUUGAAAAUCUUUAUCAUGUCAGUAUGUUAAAAACCAAUGUCACCCGUUUUAUUUUUAUUCAUUCUGUUUAAAUUUUUGUAUGAGUGCCUUCAACCUGAGAAUGAAAUAUGACUAUGACUGGUGUUAAUGUUUUUACUACAAGGUGGUGGCAAAAUAUUGUAUGUGACUUGUACUGUUUCUCACUUGGUUUAAUUGCAGUAUAAAUGUGACUUCCCAAGAUUUUGCAUGUAUGCAUAGUGCACAUAAAUAAAUAAAUAUAUAAAUAUAUAUAUAUAUAUAUAUAUAUAUAUAUAUACAUACAUAAAUAUGUAUAAAUAUAUAUAUAUAAACACACACACAUAGUAUAUACAUGUAUGUAUCG